AUGAAGUGUCUCAAUGUCAUAUGCAGACUUAACAGAACUCAGCAGUCUGCAGUGAGAAACAGCACAGUAACAGCAUUCGUUCUGCUGGGACUGACAGAUGACCCUCAACUGCAGGCUUUGAUUUUUCUCUUUUUCUUUCUCACCUACCUGCUAAGCAUAACUGGGAACCUGACUAUCAUCUCCCUCAUCUUGCUGGAUUCCCACCUUCAAACAGCCAUGCACUAUUUCCUACAAAAUUUCUCCUUCUUGGACAUCUCAUUCACAUCUGCUUGUAUUCCCAGAUACUUGUAUAACAUAGCAACAGGUGACAAGGUCAUUACCUAUAAUGACUGUGCCAGCCAAGUAUUUUUGACUCACCUCUUCGGUGUAACUAAUUUUUUCCUCCUGGCCAUCAUGUCCUAUGACCGCUACGUGGCCAUCUGCAAACCCCUGCAUUAUGGGACCAUCAUGAGUGGUACAUUCUGCAGAAGACUGGUCUUUUGUUGUUGGGUAGCUGGUCUAUCGAUUAUAAUCCCCCCGCUUAGCCUAGGCCUCAAUCUGGAAUUUUGUGAUUCUAAUACCUUUGAUCAUUUUAUCUGGGAUGCAUUGCCCCUCCUGAAAAUCUCUUGUUCAAAUACUUGGUACAUGGAACAGACUGUUGAUGGUGGUUUCCAUCACCUACGGAGCUGCAUCUUCCUCUACAUCAAACCUUCAGCCAAGGAAUCAGUGGCCAUUAACAAGGGGGUGUCAGGGCUCACUACUUCCAUUGCUGCAGUGCUGAACCCCUUCAUUUACACACUGAGGAACAAGCAAGUCAAAAAAGCCUUCCAUAAUUCAAUCCAAAGAAUCGUGAUAUUUUCCAAGAAAUAA